AUGGUGAUGUUUGUUUUUACUACCCUUUUUAAAUAUUUUCUGGAAGAAGUUGCUACCGAAACAGCCGUAGUAGUCACAGCGGCAACAGUUGGAGCAACCGCUACCUAUGUAACAUAUAGAGCGGUUGACUCUUUAGGAACAAGUAGUUCUCCCUCGUCUUCUUAUGUACCUUCCUCCUCUCGCGGGUGUUGCGACUCCCCUACUUACUCAGGAGAAUUAAAAACCAUUUGGGAUUGGUGGGGCAAUGGUCUCAGCGGUGAAGAACGGCAAAGGCUUCUCGACUUGGGUUAUAACGAUCGCAGUGGUUGCUUUAAAUUAGACGAAUUAAAAGGCAUGCUCCGUCUCGAAGAAAAAGCACCAGGCAAGCCAACCAAAGAAGACGGAUUCGAACCAAAGAAAGGUUGGGAUGGCAAAACCUUAGAAAGGGCUCCAAAAAGUUAUCAUAAAAAAGGAUAUCCAGACGACAAAGGAAGGGUUUGGGUUCCCACAGGCGAAAAUACCGAUAAUGUCAAACAACAUGGCAAUCCUCAUUGGGAUAGAGUAUAUCCUGAUGGCAGCCACGACAAUGUUUACCCAGGCGGGGAUGUUAGAUCAGGAAGCAACUGA